UUAACCUCUGCGAACAUGGGGAACUGGGCUGUGAAUGAGGGACUCUCCAUCUUUGUCAUUCUGGUGUGGUUGGGGCUGAACGUCUUCCUCUUUGUCAAGUAUUACAAGGUUUAUGACGAUGAGCCUAAAUAUAAUUACACUCGAAAACUUCUUGGGUCAGCACUGGCUCUGGCCCGGGCACCUGCAGCCUGCCUGAAUUUCAACUGCAUGCUGAUCUUGCUGCCAGUGUGUCGGAAUCUCCUCUCUUUCCUCAGGGGUUCCAGUGCGUGUUGCUCAACCAGAAUUCGAAGACAACUGGACAGGAACCUUACUUUCCAUAAGAUGGUAGCUUGGAUGAUAGCACUUCACACGGCCAUUCACACCAUUGCACAUCUGUUCAACGUGGAGUGGUGUGUGAAUGCCAGAGUCGGGACUUCGGACCCAUAUUCAGUAGCACUCUAACAUUGGAACAAAGAAAAUGAAGAGUAUCUCAAUUUUGCUAGAGAAAAAUCAAGCUUGUGUGUUUCUAUUUUCCAGAACCCUGAAGGGGGCCUGUAUGUGGCCGUGACUCGGUUGGCUGGCAUCACAGGAAUUGUCAUCACACUGUGUCUUAUAUUGAUCAUCACAUCCUCCACCAAAACCAUCCGGAGGUCUUACUUUGAAGUGUUCUGGUAUACACACCAUCUCUUUGUGAUCUUCUUCAUCGGCCUUGCCAUCCAUGGAGCUGAACGAAUUGUACGUGGACAGACUUCAGACAGUUUGAAAGAGCACAAUUUAGAUGUUUGUGCCGACAAAAUCAACGAAUGGGGAAAAAUAAAGGAGUGCCCAGUACCAAAGUUUGCCGGAAACCCUCCUAUGACUUGGAAAUGGAUAGUGGGUCCCAUGUUCCUGUACCUCUGCGAGAGGUUGGUCCGGUUUUGGCGUUCUCAACAGAAGGUGGUCAUCACUAAGGUGGUCACGCACCCUUUCAAAACCAUCGAGCUUCAGAUGAAGAAGAAGGGAUUUAAGAUGGAGGUGGGACAGUACAUUUUUGUCAAGUGUCCCCAGGUAUCCAAGCUAGAGUGGCACCCAUUCACACUGACCUCUGCUCCUGAGGAAGACUUUUUUAGCAUCCAUAUCCGUAUUGUGGGAGACUGGACUGAGGGGCUAUUCAAUGCUUGUGGCUGUGAUAAGCAGGAGUUCCAAGAUGCCUGGAAACUACCUAAGAUAGCAGUUGAUGGGCCCUUUGGUACAGCCAGUGAAGAUGUGUUCAGCUAUGAGGUGGUGAUGUUAGUGGGAGCUGGGAUUGGAGUCACGCCCUUUGCCUCCAUUCUCAAGUCUGUCUGGUACAAAUAUUGUGACAAUGCCACCAGUCUGAGACUCAAAAAGAUCUACUUCUACUGGCUGUGCAGGGACACCCAUGCUUUUGAGUGGUUCGCAGACCUGCUGCAGCUCCUGGAGACCCAGAUGCAAGAAAGAAACAAUGCCAACUUCCUCAGCUACAACAUCUACCUUACUGGCUGGGAUGAAUCUCAGGCCAAUCACUUUGCUGUGCACCACGAUGAGGAGAAAGAUGUGAUUACAGGCCUAAAACAAAAGACUCUGUAUGGACGGCCCAACUGGGAUAACGAGUUCAAGACCAUUGCAAGUCAACACCCCAACACCAGAAUAGGAGUUUUUCUGUGUGGCCCCGAAGCCUUGGCUAAAACUCUCAGUAAACAGAGCAUCUCCAACUCUGAGUCCGGCCCACGUGGAGUCCACUUCAUCUUCAACAAGGAAAACUUCUAACUCAGCUCUUUCCCAAGGAAACCAGCGUAUGCAGCCAAAUGCCCUGAUAUUGCCGGUUGAUUGUAGGAGAGGAGGAGGAAAGGAAACUGUACUCGCACAGGCCCCCUAAAAAGAAUUCCAAAGAUUGUUUGCUAGUCAUAGGUCAUCUUUACACGGAGCGUCAUGGUUUCAGAGCACCUUUUACAAACAUUGUUAUGUUGCAUUGUUUCAUAUUUCUCUCUGCCAUUGCGAGAAGAGGGUAAGGCAAAAGCAUUUUCUGGGACUUGUUCUAAGAUAAACAAUAGGAACACAAAUGAGUUCAACACCUUCUUCCUUUCAAUUCAGAAGCUGAAACCAGAUCUAAGCCAUCUGACUCUGGGUAUGGCCAUUUUUUUUUCACAUUUAAUACCAAGUUAUCUCAAGAGUCAGUUCUUAUACUCUCCCCCAGCAAAUCAAAGAGUAGCUCAUCUUUCUUCAUUUUUUGUUUCAUCUUUAACCUUAGCAUCAUGCUAAAGGAGACUUUUUUUUAAUAGGAGAUAGUGACACUGACAGUGACUUAAUACUUACUAAUGACAGUAUUGAUAUAAGUAUUCCAGUUUACCAGCAACAGCGUAACUGGUCAGAGACUAUUCCUACUAAGGAAUAUUAGACUGAUUGGAGGCAGGAGGGUUGAAUUCAGAGACCUAUCCUCCUAUGAUGAUGCUGGCUAACAUUUCUUGUCUAGUCUGUAAGCUGGAAAAGAAAAACAUUCAUUUACUAACUGGUCUGCUCCAGCCAACCCUUGUGAAUUUUGAACUGAAUUCUAGCAAAUGUAUACCUGAUAAUACGUAACCUGCUUAGAAUGCAUUUCUUCUUUGGCUUAAAUUCCUACACAAAUAGAUCUUAUGUGUAUAGACAAUGAUGUUUUUCAUUACAGCAUUUUCAUCACCACUGGUGUCAGUAUCAUAAUCAUCCUGAAAUAUAAGUCCUAGAAACUGUAAUCCCCAAAUAACUGGGUACAUAGUAAAAUCACACCCAAUAUUUUAUGGGUAUUCAAAAGUGACGGACAGAGUCUAGAUCACUGCUAGAGUAGUCAGAUGUGAAAAACAUCCCUC